AAAAAGGAAUGCCACAAGCGCAAGUAUGUAUUUAUCAUCAUUGCAAUAUCCAUUUAUUGUCACUUUUGCAUAGUAAUAGUUUAUCCUAAUGUUAUAUAUUUAUUGUUAGAGCCGAGAGUUUCAGCUACGCAGACAAAGUACGGACUAUAGCAUCAAUAGGCAAAUGUCAAGUUUGCUACCUCCAAGCUAUGGCAUGGCUUCAAGCGCACAACCAAAAACUCCAUCGGUAAUUUCAAUGGAUGCAAGCACCAACUCUCUAGCACAUGGCACGCAAGGAGCCUUUAUGGCGUCGAUCCCAAACCUCACACAGAUAAUGGCACAAGAAAACACGUUGCAAUCUCUACACCUGAGGGCCAACAACAGCUUGGGCGCAACAAAAGCAAUGUUUUCCCCUGUUCCUAGCACGAGUCCUUCAGUCCAUCCAAGUCCAAGCUCCAUAGUAUCCGCCCGACACAACAUCGAACAAUCCCUUGGCCAGUCGGCUUCUCGUCAGCAGAUGGAGAUCGACUCGCUGGUAGCAACCGCUGAGGUGCGAGCAGCUAAAGACGACAAGGCGCAUUUCAAGGACUUGUUGGAAACGUUCAAACGUUGCUGCAUGAAUGAAUUGGUCAAGGACCAUGUGGCAAUCGACAAAAAUAGCAAGGAUCACUGUUCUACACCGGACAAGAAAGGGCUGUGCCACAAGUGCCUCAGCACCACACAUUACACGACCAACUGUCCUGCAAAAAAGUUGAGAAACCUGCCGAAAGAAACUUGCUUUUUUUGCUGGCUUCCGCAAGGCGAUCCGUUACUGCAUCCAGACCGUGGAACAAUGUGCCCUGAGGGAAUGAGGGAUCAAAUACAGCCUUUCUGUUGGGCGAUGUACAGGUAUAGGGGCAGAGACCUUCACGCUGAAUAUGGAACCUUGUUCAAAGACGACGUAGAUUUUGCAACGUGGCUACAGGCGGCCCCGAGCAGCAGUCGAAAAUCAUUUAAAGUGCGGAACAACGGAACGGAUGUCUAUUUGACGUUCCUUGGAGAAUAUAGAAAGUAUGUGCAAAGUUGAAGGAGCAAUAAAUAUAUUCUUGGCCCAUCUACUUGAAAAACAGCUAUAGAAUAUGUUGCUGGUAAUAAAGUCACAAACGCGACAGCCAAUGUUCAUGCACAGUGCUCUAAUCGCUUUUAUUUGAACAACAAAAUGAACGGAAUUAUUACUUGCCAAUGUCUGGUAAACAUGCUAAAGCCUGUACAGAAAUAGUUUUGUGUAGUGGGGAAAAGAGCUUAUUUUGCACGCAAUUUUAAACCACAGUAAAGUCACUCGUAAU